GUACAAGAGUGUAUGUGUCUGUUCAUUGCAGUUGACGAAACGGUAUAAAUAGUUUGAAAAAUAUACGAGGAUAAACUAGUGCGAUAGAUAACGGUAGCUUAACAACCAAUCUCCAUAUUUAUUCAAGUUUUCUUCACUUUCGCCUAUUACAUAAGAGAUUAUUAGCAUCCUUCUUUUGCUCAAGUGUUGUACAAAUCUGGCAUAACGAGCUUGUUCUAUAGUAUAUGUUUCAUUCCUUUGCUUCAUUACGCGAUACACUUGCUUUGUUCUCGUUAGUUAUAAAUUCUGGUUGCAUAAAACUAGUAACGAUUUUAUUUUCCGACGUGAUGAUGAUCUCCUAAGCGAGUUUGAAUGAUGAAAGAGGUUCUGUUUCCGUUUGCUUUCAGCUCAAAGGUAUGGCAGUAGGGCCACUGUAAGGAGGAGAAACUAUCCCUUGGCUGGUCGUGUACAGUUCUGCUACAGUGUUACAUUUAAGCACCUCAACUCCAACAAAAAUGCCUAUAGAAGAAGUACAACAGCAGCAGCAAUCUCAACAGCAGCCUCAAACCAAUCAAACAGAUCAAGCGAUACCGAUAAGGGCACCGCCGGACGAAGAGGAUGAUGAAGACGAUGAGGACGACGAUGAAGCCGGAACCGGAGGAGAUCCCACGGACGGAGCUCGUAGCUAUUCCAGCACACAGGUGGCCUCGGCCGGAGGUGGCUUCUACGAGGAGGACGAAGAGGAUGAAGAAGACGAAAUUGAAGAACAAUCUGGACUGCGGCAACUGUUUGCACCCAUAGUAAGUUGCAUACCUUUUCUUGAUUGGAAAAAAAUAAAUAAAUUGCAUUCCAUUCCGGCAGACGCACAAGCGCAAAGCGAAGACGAAGAAGAUGGGGACUACAUUCCGGACGAGGAGGUGAAAAAGACCAUUAUGGUGGGUAGUGACUUCCAGGCAGUGAUACCGGAGGGUCUCUGCCGGUACGACGAUGCACUGCCUUACGAGAACGAAGAUAAACUGCUGUGGAAUCCGACGGUGCUCGGUGAGGACCUCAUCGAAGAGUAUCUGAAGAAGAUUUCCGCUGCGGCGAGUAGCAAUACGGGGACACCGCAGACGAAUAGUGUUUUUUCGAUUCCCCUAGGAAGGCACCUGCGGGAUGACGAGCAGGGACUGUACCUGCUGCAGCAAUGUGGGCACAAUAUAGACGAAGCUCUGCGGAGAAAACGGAUAAAUGCCGUCCCGGUGGCAGAACAGCACAUGAGCAUUUGGUCCGAGGAGGAGUGUAGGAAUUUUGAAAAUGGUCUCCGGAUACAUGGGAAGGACUUUCACAUGAUUCAGCAAUCGAAGGUUCGCACGCGAUCGGUCGGCGAGCUGGUUCAGUUCUACUACCUGUGGAAGAAAACCGAACGACAUGACCUUUUUGCCAACAAGGCACGACUAGAGAAGAAAAAGUACAACCUCCAUCCGGGGCUGACGGACCACAUGGACCGGUUCCUGGAGGAGCAGGAAAAUAGCACCGGAUUCGGCGAUCGAAGUUCGUCGCCCGGGUUCAACAGCUUGUACAGUAGCGCUCCGGAAGCCAAACGACAACGUUUGAUGGAUUCGAAAGACCACUCAGCCAGCACAGGAUCUUCGAAAAGGUCUUCGUCAGCACUGUGACUCAGUCCUGCAGUGUUUCCCUCCGGGAGGGGACCACUAGCCAAGUAAACAUCGUUCGUUCACGGGGCAAGCAUAGAGCAGGACACACACACAAAAA